AGAACACAAACUCCGAGAUGUGUGCUAUGCGAUCGUUGCCUUUGGCUCCCAAGCCACUAACCACUCUUCACUGCUUCGAUCCCAGCUACAGAGUCCCAGUGUACUUGGACCAACCUGUGUGGGGGGAGGGACGGGGGCGUGGCCUCACUACCAAUAUGAUGUCAUUUUGUCUUCAACUGGAUGCUACAAUUGUGAUGUCAUAUCUCCAGGACGAGGGAGGUGGUAGAGAGAGGAGAGUCACGUUUCAGCAGAAGUUGCCAGCCAGAGUUGCCAGUCUUCUGGACCAGAUGGCUGAGCAGUUGGCAGACUCUGACCUCGACUUAGAGGGUUACCUAAGAGAGAGUGGGCUGGGUCUGGUGUUCCCAAGAGUGGAGCUGUGUCUGCAGGAGCCAGAUCAGGACCUAGUCAGAGUCGAUACUGGCCUCGUGGACUGCUACCUGACAAAGCUGUCCCAGCUGCACACGGUACUAGCUCUGGCCCAGCAGCUGAGUGCUGACGUACAACUGUCAUCUUCACACAAGUACAUCGCCCACCAGACUGCCCUGCUAUACCCAAUGUGUGAGUCAGACAGCACUGUUCCCAGACAUCAAGAAAGACAUUGAGACUCAUUCAUACAUUGAAGACAGACUGCUCCUCAACUGAUGCCGGCUCACUGCCAAGACUCAGUCCUCCCCUGCAGACCUGGUUGGUGGAUGUAUGUGGACAGCUACAGGAGAGAGCUGUGACUAUACCAUCUCAAACUAUAGCAUCCUCUCACCACAUCACUUCAUUACUGAAAUAAUGUUAGCCCUCCAUUUUAUGAAAAAAUAGGACAAGAGACCAGUGAUAAGUC